UGUAGAAAGAAGCUGGCGUUCCUCUUCUUUUUCCAUGCCUACCUCCUUUCACUUUCAUUUUCUGCGGGCACUGCCCCAGCUCACAGCCCUGGAUUCCGUGACUGUCGCAGAAGGGACCCUGCUGAGAGAUUUUUCUCUGCCGCAUGGGGACACUCCCAGGGCCUGAAACUCCGUGAGAUCGCUUCCCCACAGAUUCCCAGGACCCAGAGUCUGAAGGCUGAGCCCAGAGCAAGCCAUGGACAGAGGGAUGAAGCAUGGAUGUGGGGGCCAGGGGCCUUGACUUAACUCCUGGCUGCCUCAAACCCUCUGUGGGACCUCGAGCCAGUUUCUUGCCUUCUCUGGGCCUCAGUUUGUACAUCCAUACAAUGGGGAGCUUGCAUUGGUAAUGUCUGAGGGUAGAACUGUGGCCCUCUUGGUCUCAGGGUGGGGCUGACUUUCCCUCUCCACUGCCACCUGCCUGCUUCCUGAGAAGUCCUGCACUGGACCUCAUUCUCCUCCCCAGAUUGUGAAAUGUACACGCAGGACGCUUUCCAGGGACAGAGGAGCCAACUGGUGGAGCUGCUGAUCUCGGGGUCCCCGGAGGGCUUUGAGAGCGUUCUGGACUGGCUGCUUUCCUGGGAUGUCCUCUCCUGGGAGCACUACGAGGGGCUCAGCCUCUUGGGCCAGCCUGUCUCCCACUUGGCCAGGCGCCUCCUGGACACUGUCUGGAAUAAGGGUGCUUGGGGCUGUGAACUACUCACUGUGGCUGUGCAGGAGACCCAGGCUGACAGACAGCCCCCCCGACUUCCCGGCUGCUGGGAGCCCCACUCACCCCACCCAGCCCGUGACCUGCUGAGUCACCGGCCAGCCAUCGUCAGGAGACUCUACGGCCACGUGGAGGGCGUGCUGGACCUGACACAGGCGCGGGGUUUCAUCAGCCAGUACGAAUGUGAUGAAAUCAGGCGGCUCAUCUUCACGUCAUCCCAGCAGGUAAGAAGGCUCCGCGAUCUUGCCACAGUGAAGGCGAAUGGGUUGGCUGCCUUCCUUCUACUAUGUGUUCAGGAAUUACCUGCCCUGUUGGCCCUGCCUUUUGAAGGUGCCGCCUGUAAGACGUACCUGUCCAAGGUGAGGACCAUGGUAUCAGCUCAGUCUCCCUGUGCGAGCACCUACGAUGGGACAGAGAACCUUUGCCUGGAGGAAAUAUAUACAGAGAAUGUUCUAGAGAUCCGGAUGGAGGCGGGCAUGGCUGGACCUCUGCAGCAGAGCCCCGCCACCCUGGGCCUGGAGGAGCUUUUCAGCACCCGCGGCCACCUCAGCGAAGACGCGGACACUACGCUGGUGGUGGGCGGCGGCAAGAACACGCUUCUGCAGCAACUGCACCUGCUCUGGGCUUCAGGGAGGGCCUUCCAGGAAUUUAUCUUCGUCUUCCCAUUCAGCUGCCCGCAGCUGCGGUGCCUGGCGAAACCGCUGUCUGUGUGGACACUGCUCUUUGAACACUGCUGUUGGCCUGACCUUGGCCAGCAGGACGUCUUCCAGGUCCUCCUCGACCACCCCGAGCGCAUCCUCUUAACCUUCGACGGCUUUGAUGAGUUCAGGUUCAGGUUCACGGAUUGAGUCCGUCACUGCUGUCCGACUGCCCCCACGUCUGUGCAGAGUCUGCUCUUCAACCUCCUGCAGGGCAACCUGCUAAAGAAUGCCCGCAAGGUGUUGACCAGCCGUCCGGACGUGGCGUCGGCGAGCCUCAGGAAGCACGUGCGCACGGAGCUCAGCCUCAAGGGCUUCGCGGAAGAGGGCAUCGAACUGUACCUGAGGAAGCGCCAUCGCGAGCCUGGGGUGGCCGACCGCCUCAUCCGCUGGCUCAGAGCCACCUUGGCCCCGCACAGUCUGUGCCACCUGCCCGUCUUCUCCUGGAUGGUGUCCAAAUGCCACCAGGAACUGUUGCUGCGGGGGGGGGGUUCCCCGAAGGCCACCACAGAUAUGUACCUGCUGAUCCUGCAGCACUUUCUGCUGCAUGCCUCCCCGCCAGACUCAGCUGCCCGCGGCCUGGGAGCUGGCCUGCUUCGGGGCAGUCUCCUCACCCUCCUGCACCUGGGCCGCCUGGCUCUGUGGGGCCUGGGCACGUGCUGCUACGUGUUUUCCACCAAGCAGCUGCAGGCAGCACACGGCGACAGUGAGGACGUUUCUCUUGGCUUCCUGGUGCGUGCCAAGAGGGUCGUGCCUGGGAGUACAGCCCCCCUGGACUUCCUGCACAUCACUUUCCAGUGCUUCUUUGCUGCAUUCUACCUCACUCUCGAGAGUGCUGACACGCCGUCAUCCUUGCUCAGACACCUCUUCAACUGUCACGGGCCUGGCUGCUCGCCGCUGGCCGGGGUGCUGUCCAAACUGCGCGUCCGGGGCUCCGGGUGCAAAGAAGGCAGCGUGGCCGUUUUGCUGCAGGGGGCCGAGCCGCACAACCUCCAGAUCGCAGCGGCCUUCCUGGCGGGUCUGUUGUCGCAGGAGCGCCGGGGCCUGCUGGCCGAGUGCCAGGUGUCUGAGAAGGCCCUGCUCUGGCUCCAGGCCUGCACCCGGCGGUGUCUGGCCCGCAGCCUCCGCAAGCACUUUCGCUCCAUCCCACCAGCCUUGCCGGGCGAGGCCAAGAGCGUGCAUGCCACGCCCAGCUGGCUCAUCCGGAGCCUGUAUGAGAUGCAGGAGGAGCGGCUGGCGCGGGACGCUGUGCGUAGGCUGGACGUCGGGCAUCUCAAGCUGACAUUCUGCAGCGUGGGCCCGGCCGAGUAUACUGCCCUGGACUUUGUGCUGCGGCACCUCCGGCAGCCUGUGGCCCUGCAGCUGGACCACAACUCUGUGGGCGACAUUGGCGUGGAGCAGCUGCUGCCUUGCCUCGGCGUCUGCAAGGCUCUUUACUUGCGAGAUGACAUCUCAGACCGAGGCAUCUGCAAGCUCACUGAACAUGCUCUUCGCUGUGAGCAGCUUCAGAAGUUAGCUCUUUUCAACAACAAAUUGACCGGCGGCUGUGCACACUCCAUGGCCAAGCUCCUUGCAUGCAAGCAGAAUUUCUUGGCUUUGAGGCUGGGGAACAACCACAGCACAGCCGCGGGAGCCGAGGUGGCCCAGGGGCUCAGAGCCGACGCCUCCCUGCAGUUCCCGGGGUUCUGGAGCAACAAGGUGGGUGACAGGGGAGCCCAGGCCUUGGCUGAAGCCUUGGGUGAUCACCAGAGCUUGAGGUGGCUCAGCCUGGUGGGGAACAACAUUGGCAGUGUGGGUGCUCAAGCCUUAGCACUGAUGUUGGAAAAGAACGUGGCCCUGGAAGAACUCUGGCUGGAGGAGAACCAUGUCCAGGAUGAAGGUGUGUGCUGUCUCGCGAAAGGACUUGAGAAAAAUUAAAGUUUGAAAGUCCUGACGCUGUCUAACAACCGCAUCACCUCCCUUGGGGCAGAAGCCCUCCUGCAGGCCCUUGAAAAGAAUGACACCAUCCUGGAAGUCUGGCUCUGAGGAAGCACUUUCUCUCCGGAGAAAAUUGAGAAGCUCAGCCACAGGGACACCAGACUCUUGCUUUGAUGUCUCCAGGUCAACGUUCAUCUCCGUUU